GGCUUAUAUAUACCCCACCCCCAAAACUCUUCUCCUCCUCUCUUUCCUCUUCAUUUUCUUGCUCAAUCAAAAAUGGCAGCCAACAAUGGAGUCGCUAAGGAGGGAGGAUUGAUCGUCAGCUUCGGCGAGAUGCUGAUCGACUUUGUACCGACUGUUUCCGGCGUAUCGCUGGCGGAGGCGCCGGGAUUUUUGAAGGCACCAGGUGGUGCUCCGGCAAACGUCGCGAUCGCGGUGUCAAGGCUCGGCGGAAAGUCAGCUUUCGUCGGUAAGUUAGGAGAUGACGAGUUCGGACACAUGCUCGCCGGGAUCUUGAAGGAGAACGGCGUCUCCGGUGAAGGAAUCAACUUCGAUAAAGGAGCACGUACUGCUCUCGCAUUUGUUACACUGAAAGCCGACGGCGAUCGCGAGUUCAUGUUCUACCGAAACCCUAGCGCCGAUAUGUUAUUGACUCCUGAUGAACUCAACCUUGAGCUCAUUAGAUCUGCGAAGGUAUUUCACUAUGGGUCAAUAAGUUUGAUAGUGGAGCCAUGCAGAUCAGCACAUCUGAAAGCAAUGGAGGUGGCGAAAGAUGCAGGGGCACUUUUGUCAUAUGACCCAAAUCUCCGGCUGCCACUGUGGCCAUCGCCGGAGGAGGCGCGUGAGCAAAUCAUGAGCAUUUGGGAUAAGGCUGAAGUCAUUAAAGUCAGUGAUAAUGAACUUGAAUUUCUCACUGGAAAUAACAAAAUUGAUGAUGAAUGUGCCAUGUCUUUAUGGCACCCUAAUUUGAAGCUUUUAUUGGUCACUCUUGGUGACAAAGGUUGCAAUUACUACACCAAGCAUUUUCAUGGAACAGUUGGUGCGUUCGCAGUUAAAGCCGUUGACACAACGGGUGCGGGUGACUCCUUUGUUGGCGCACUUUUGACUAAGCUUGUUGAUGAUCAUUCCGUGUUAGAGGAUGAAGGAAAGUUGAGAGAGUUGUUGAGAUUUUCGUGUGCUUGCGGAGCUAUCACCACCACCAAAAAGGGGGCGAUUCCGGCCCUUCCUUCUGUAUCGGAAGUUCAUACCUUUUUGGAUGCUUGUUAGCAUUAGGGGAAACUUUGUUUGUCUAUUGUUUCUUGUUCUUCUUUCUUGAUCGAAUAAUAAUGGUUUUGUGUUAUCAUCCAUUGGUGUUUAAAGAAAACAAAAGAUGAAAUUGAGUAGCAAAAACCAGGGAUUUUGUGAUUGAAUUGACGAG